GAAGUUUAUUCAACAACCACAACUGCGACCUCGGUAGCUUUGCUAGCCAAUGUAGCAGGAACAUGUAAGCUCUUUAUACGCUUUCGGUGAUUAUUAGCCACUGUUUUAAACACACUUCUGUCGUACCUACUAGUUACCCCUUUUAAUAGCACAUUUAUAUUGGUGUUAGUCAGCUAGCUGUCUGGUUAAGGUAGCAGUAGCUUUAGGUUAGUCGCUAAUGCUAACAUCCCCGACAAUGACUUCAAAAAGCUACCACCCCUCUGCUGAAGAGGAGGACUGCUGGACGGAGAGAAUUGCUCUCGUGAAAGAGGAGAAGGAAGAGGAGGCUGUCACAGUUAAACAAGAAAUAAAGGACGAGGCUGUUACAGUGAAAGAGGAAGAUGUUUCAGUGAAAGAGGGGGAAGAUAAACAAGAGGGUGCAGUUUUUACAGUGAAAGAGGAGACGACUGUCACGGUGAAAGAGGAGGAAGACGUUUUCGGAGUGGAGGAGGGGGAGAUUACUGUCACAUUGGAGGAGGAAGAAGAGCAGAAUGGAGAUCUGAUUAACACCAGAGAGAGACCAGACUCAGAGGAACCAGAGACGUCUGAACCAGCAAGACGACACCACUGCUCCCAGUGUGGAAAAAGUUUUACCCAAUUACGGACACUGAAGGUGCAUGAAAGAAUACACACUGGAGAGAGGCCCUACCAAUGUUCCCAAUGUGGAAAGAGUUUUGCCCUGUUAGAGAGCAUGAAAAUACAUAAUAGAAUACACACAGGAGAGAAGCCUUACCAAUGCUCCCAGUGUGGAAAGAGAUUUUCACAGUUAAGUUGCCUGAAAUCACAUGAGAUAAUACACACAGGAGAUAAGCCUCACAAAUGCCCUCUAUGUGGUAAUACUUUUAAGCGGCUAAGUAACCUGAAGGACCAUCAAAGAGUACACACAGGCGAAAAGCCUUACCACUGUUUCCAUUGUGAAGAGAGUUUUAGCUGGUCAAGGCAACUGAAAGCGCAUGAGAGAACACACACCGGAGAGAAGCCCUACCAAUGUUCCCAGUGUGGAAAGAGUUUUACCCAGCUAGGGAGCUUGAAGAUACAUAAUAGAAUACACACAGGAGAAAAGCCUUACCAGUGCUCCCAGUGUGGAAAGAGAUGUAAACGGUUAAGUUGCCUGAAAUCACAUGAGAUAAUACACACAGGAGAUAAGCCUCACAAAUGCCCUCUAUGUGGUAAUACUUUUAAGCGGCUAAGUAACCUGAAGGAACAUGAAAGAGUACACAGAGGGGAAAAGCCUUACCACUGUUUCCAUUGUGAAAAGAAUUUCAGCACGUUAAGGCAACUGAAAGAGCAUGAGAGAACACACACCGGAGAGAAGCCCUACCAAUGUUCCCAGUGUGGAAAGCGUUUUAACCGCUUAAGUAACCUUAAAUCACAUGAGUGGACACACAGGAGGAAAGCCACAUCACUGAUCUGUGUGGAAAUAGUUUAACCUCAUCAGGCUUCCUGAAGAUUCAUGAGCAAAGACUCACACGUUCCUGAAGAUUCAUGAGCAAAGACUCACACGGGAAAAGCCUUUCUACUGCUCCCAGUGUGGAAUGACAUUUACCUGGUUAAGGCAACUGAAAUCACGUGAAAGAAUCCACACGAGAGAAAUGUUAUGAAUGCUCCAAGUGUAAAAAUAUAUUUACCCAGUUUAGGCACCUGAAAAACCGAGGUUACAGACACAGGGGAGAAGCCUUACCCAAGCUCCCAGUGCGGAGAGUGAUAUUUCACAUGCUUACAAUUCAUGAUGUAACGCACACAUUUCUCCCACACUUGUCUCAUAUUUUUGACUGAAAAUUGGUGUUUUGUCAUUUUGUUAAUGCCCUUAUUUCCAUAUGAAAUCAAAUUGGAGAAAACCUACUCAAAAAUACAUUUGUUUUGUUUUUUAAAAUCCAGAGACAUGAAAUUAAUAUGGUAUGUAGCAGUUUUUAUGUAGAUUAUGUACACACACACUGUGAUUAAAUAGUCUUUUUCUUUUUA